GCAGUUUUUUCUCAAGCUCACUGAAUUUCUCGUGACUCAGUCUCAGAAUAUCUCGGAGGAGGAUGAGCUGGUCAAGCUCCGCGUUAGGGAUGAUCUUGCCAUGAAGGAGAAGGUCUUUGUAGACCUUUGGGGGGCUGAAUCUAACUUCCAUACUGGGUUGGUCGUAAAGGACACAUCGGUCUCUGAUGACCUAGGGGGAUCUGAUUCUGCGGAGGAAGGGGAGGACGCUCUGCCACUCACGGAGGAGGAGGUGAGAUAUCAUGCCAACCUAUCGGCGAAGGAAAAGAAAGAGAAACUGAAGGCUAUCGCUGCUAACCAGGCGGUGGAGGUAAGCAAGUAUGCCCGCAAUGCGUUCUUGCCCACUGUAUCGCCUAGAUGGGUGGAGUCGCAGUCGAGGGAGGUUGAGGAUAAACUGUGGGAUCUCCCAACAUUCAACUAUGUUGCCCCGAUCCACUCUGACUCCUACCGUUUCCUCGCAUCCCUCACUGACCAAGAGAUGCUGAAAUGUAGUGAGAAGGCGCUCACGGAGAACACAGACUUGUGCAAAGGGGAUUUCCCCCUCACAGCAGAAAACAUGAUGCUCCCCACGGUUGGUGUUUUGAAACCAUCUCGAUUGAUUCCUCAGAAGAUAGCCUUAACGCUGCAGUAACCUUCUUUGUGAAGAUGACAUUCAAGAAUGCCCCAGGUGGGCGGGGUGGCAGUUCGGUGAAGUGUAAGUUCUCUCGCAAUGGACACGU